AUGGGCACAGCCUUGGUUUACGAUGAGGAGAUGACUCGCUACAAACUGCUUUGGCUGGAUCCAGAUUGUGAGAUUGAGAGGCCCGAGCGUCUGACAGCAAGUCAUGAAGCGUUGCUAAAGAGUGGCCUGGCUACACGAUGUGUUUCCAUACCUGUUCGCCAGGCUACGGAUGCUGAAAUUCUCCUUAUUCACAGUGAGGAGUACCUGGAGGCGGUGAAGAAGACCCCACACAUGACUCUGCAAGACCUGCAGGUGUUCACCCAGCAUUAUGGUGCUGUCUAUUUCCACCCUAACAGUUAUCACUGUGCAACACUGGCAGUGGGAGCUGCACUGCAGCUGGUAGAUGGCGUUUUGACCGGGACUGUGAGAAACGGCAUUGCUCUGGUCAGACCCCCAGGGCACCACAGCAUGCGCAGUGCUGCCAGUGGGUUCUGUGUGUUCAACAAUGUGGCCAUAGCAGCCAAAUACGCUCAGCAAAAGUAUGGAGUUCAAAGGGUCCUAAUAGUUGACUGGGAUAUACACCAUGGUCAGGGAGUGCAGUAUGCCUUUGAGGAUGAUCCCAAUGUGCUUUACUUCUCUUGGCAUCGUUACGAGCAUCAGAAAUUCUGGCCUGAACUCAGGGAAUCAGACUAUGACAGUGUUGGCAAGGAUAAAGGUGCUGGUUUUAAUAUAAAUGUGCCAUGGAACAAGGUUGGGAUGCAGAACAGCGACUAUCUUGCCGUCUUCUUUCACAUCCUGUUGCCAGUCGCCUACGAGUUUUGCCCCGACUUAGUGUUGGUGUGUGCGGGAUUUGACUCGGCUAUUGGUGACCCAGAGGGAGAAAUGUGCGCUACACCAGAUAUCUUUGCACAUCUGACACACUUGCUAAUGAACCUCGCUGGAGGCAAACUGUGUGCGGUGCUGGAGGGAGGAUACAACUUGACUUCACUCAGCCAGUCUGUAUGUGCCACAGUUCAAACUCUGCUUGGUGAUCCAGCACCCCGGCCUGCCAACCUUCAAAGUCCCUCUCAGAGUGCAGUUGAGUCCAUUCACUGUGUCCGUGCAGCACAUCGGAAGUAUUGGUCCUGCCUCAGACAUGCACCUGAGGCACACCACUUAGAAGUAAGCACAAAGCGGAUAAAGCGAGAAGAGACGGACGAAAAGAUGAAAAGAGGAGAAGCAGCUGAUAGCAAAGAUGCUAUAACAUGGCCUGAGCCACAAAAGUGUAGUCCUCCCUCUGUCCGCACAGCGGUGGUUCUCCCCAAGGACGUGACCUGUCCCGAUGGAUGCAAACGCUUCAACUUGUCACAGUAUGUUGAUUUGCUCUCAGUCAACAAAAAUGUUUCAGAUGAUGCUACCUUAGCCACCCUAACUGCGCUUGUUGGGAAAAUGGAGAACGAGAUCUGCAAUGGCUUAGCUUUGGUUGGUGACGUCUCUGUGGCAAUGGCGUCCGUCGCCUGGCAUGCAACUGCUCUCAAACAACGUGUUUUGGUAGUUUGUGUUGGAGGGACUGGAAUACUGAGUCACAUGCCAGAAAAUGGGACAACACUUACAGUGCACAUCAAAAAGGAAGAACCAGAGGAGCUCAGAUGCAAGCACUACAUACCGGUAUGUCUUAAGAGCGGCUUCGAGGACGUGUCAGAGUUGGCGCAGGCCACACUCAGCCUCCUGCUGCCUAUUGCCUACGAGUACGACCCGGGGCUGGUUCUGCUGGCACAAAUUCCUUGCACAGACCGGCCCAGCUACAGCUGGUGGCAGCAGCUGGUCGGCCUCCUGCUAGGCCUGGCUCAGGCUCGCAUGCUUGUACUCAUGCAGGAGGGUUACAAGGCUUUACUCGGGCCAACGGCAUCCUCGCUUACUGGUACUCCGGCACCCUCUCUUGGUCGACUUUGUGCUCCCCCAGCUGAAACUGUUGAAGCACUUGACAGUUUGAGACGCCGCCUUCAGGUCAACUGGAUGCUGCUGAGGAUGUCAGUUCAAGAACAUGGAGGCGAGGACAAAUGA